CCCCACCUCCAUUCUGACAAAUACUGUUCCGUGGGUCAGCUUGGGGUUCUGGGUAGUUUAAAGUUACAACUGUAAGUGUUUGUGUCGUGAUUUAUUUACUGACUUUUAAUUUAAUAAGUAUGGUUUUAUGUGUUACUGGUAGCGGUGGAGACUUUUGUCCGGUGUCGGUUUUGAAGUUAGACGAGCCCUGGAGUUAGCUCGCGUUGGACGUGAGCAGCAAACCUGUUGCAUGAAAGUUUUAAAUUCCCGUGAAAAUAACCAAAAUGGAGUCUCGCGAAGGAGCCGCCGCGGCCAGAGACUGUGUGCUCGACUUUUCACGGCUAAGUUUGAAUACUUUAAGCCUCGACGGCGUGAGCGAGGACCGCAGAAGAGACACCAAACAGUUCUACCUGAACUACAACAGACUGUCGACCCUCCCGGCGUCGAUCAGCCUCUUCUACAACCUGGAGUUUCUGGACAUCAGCAAUAACGGACUGACGGCCAUCUGCGACGACAUCACGCGCCUCACCAAGCUCAAGACGCUGCUAGCCAAGAACAACCGCCUGGAUGAGUUUUCUCUGCCCAAAGACUUUGGCUCUCUGCCGCUGGAGGUGUUAAACUUUAGCGGGAACCGCUUCGAGGAGAUCCCGCUCCAGUGCACCAAACUGCGGCGGCUGCAGUCGCUCUCGAUCGGCGGGAACAGGCUGAAGAGCAUCCCGACAGAGAUCGAAGACCUAACUAGUCUGGAGAUGUUGUAUUUAGGCGGGAACCUCAUCUCCGCCAUUCCUCCCGAGGUGGCAAACCUGCCUUACCUCAGCUACCUGGUGCUGUGCGACAAUCGCAUCCAAAGUGUCCCACCGCAGCUCACCAGGCUCCACCUGCUGCGAUCUCUAAGCCUUCACAACAAUCUGCUCACCUACCUGCCGAGAGAGAUCCUCAGCCUGGUGCACCUGCAGGAGCUCAGUCUCAGAGGGAACCCGCUGGUCGUGCGCUUCGUCAAAGAGAUGACCUACAACCCCCCGUCGCUGCUCGAGCUGGCGGGGCGCACCGUUAAGAGCCGGAACAUUCCGUACUCCCCCUGUGAACUCCCAUCGAACCUGGUGCUCUACCUGGACCUGGCGAGCAAGUGUCCCAACCCAAAGUGUGCAGGUGUGUACUUCGACUCUUGCGUGCGCCACAUCAAAUUUGUCGACUUCUGCGGGAAGUACAGGCUGCCCCUCAUGCACUACCUGUGCUCCCCCGAGUGCCGCUCCCCCUGCAGCUCCAACCCUCAGAGCGACGCCGAGUCUGAGGACGAGAACAGCGUUCCCGCCGACCGGCUCCAAAGGGUCCUUCUGGGAUGAUUGGACAUGGAGGAGGAGCCUUAUUGAGGUUCUUGAAACUGCUUCAAACAUCACCAAACCUAUAUCCGCGUACUGAUGCAAAACUACGCACAAACACUGUUCUAACCUUUAAACCUUCAGUCUCUGCAAAGAAAAUAUUAGAAAAACUUCCCAAACAUCAGAACUCCACCUCAGAAAGGUCGAUGGAUCAUCCUGUGGGUCUGAUGUUGGCCACAAGAGGGCAGCAGCAGCCUUGAGUGUGAGCACUGAUGGAGGAAGAUGGUUUUCUUUGUUUUCAGGACAACAUAUUUCAUUUUACACUUUAACCCUCCAGCUUAUUGUAGCUGCGGCGCAUUGUCCUGCCGUUUAGUGUGGAUUUAAGUUUUUCCUCAUUAAAAACAAGAGUUUUAAAGAAACAAAAUGUUAAUAAAACUACAGCGAUGUGAUGCACAAAAAGGAGUUGUUUAGGAGAUAAACAAAUGUAAUGAUGUCUAAUAGGACACUAAGGAGGAAUGGUUUGGUUAUUAGUGGUGUAAUUAAACCUACCGAACUAUGAAAGCAAGUUUCCAUGGUGCCUUAGAUGACUCACGAUGUAGCCUAGAGUAAUGCUUGUGCAGUUUCACUGACAGGAAGUGGACCACGCCGCGUUCGCACAGAAACAAUAGCCUUUGAGCCCAGCUGCAGCCUCCACGCUUUACAGUGCAGGCCGUUACAUUCCUCUGGGCGUGAACCCCGACGAACGUGGAAGAACUCGCCACCGCCAGAAGUUCUGGCUCAAACUGGGAAACGAGGACUGCCUUCCUGCUCACACCUCUGCUCCAACUGCACGUGGAGCACGCUGGAAAAGGUCGGAGCGGACCACAAAAAAAAGACAAAACUGUGUGUAUGUUAGCUAAAGGAGGAGCGAUUCUUCUGAUAUUUCAGAUAAAAAGAGAAGUACCUCCGUGUUACAGCAAUAACUACUUUAGAGUAAACGUUAAUCGUGCCUUCCAAAAUAGUAAAAUGUGUAUGUUUGAAUGCAUCCAGAAAUGUGACGGACUAAGAAUUAAUCCUUUUUAUUGCGUUUUUGUACUCAUCCGCUGAACCCCAGUGAAAAAGAAAGGCACUAACCAUUCAAAAAAUAAAUAUAGCUUUUAUAUAAUUUUUUUUCAAAUGUAAACUACAUUUUGCUAAUGAACAGAUAAGUGUACAAGCUUUAACCUUCUGAUAUGCAAACUGUACAAUGUGUUAUAACAACAAUAAAAACUAAUUAUGCAUCU